GAUGAACAUUUACAUUGGAAGAAAGGAUGGAGUCUAAGGAUAAGAAUUGAGCUGUCAAUAUCUUACAAAGCAGAUAAUAUUUGGCUACUACCCAAGGGGAACGGAUAUUACGGACAUAGUGGAACGCAUUCGGCUGUCCCCUCAUUUUGGAUUCUGAGAAGACUUUCAGAGGAAGAACAAAGUGAUUCAAUACAAGGUUGGGUUCAGAUGUUAGCUGCAUGAGGGUGAAAAGAGGAAGAACAUCUCAACCCACGCGCAUUUGUGGUAACAAGCUUCGACAAAGCGCAAAUAUGUUCCGUACAAUGAUAUCAAGGUCAAGCAUUGAGGGAAUGCGCCAAUCUAUGACAGUGUCUAGAACUAUAAUUCGAACCUCGACUCCUACAAGAUCAACCAUUUUGCGAAAUCUCCCACACAGACCAAUAACAACAUCUGCUACUUCUGCGCAUUCUCUCCGCACAAAAUCUCGUCCUCGAACCACAAACUUUACAUUUUCCUCGAAUCCUCGACCUUCCUCGGGAACAUUAUUUCAACGUCUUCGCACAAGGACAAACAGAUAUUUUCACAAUUCAAGGCCGAGGAGGGAUGGAGGGGCAAAGGCAGAAAAUCUAGGGGACGAAACAUCAUUAUCUGGGAGGAUGAAGAAAUUGAGUAGGGAAUAUGGGUGGAGCGUGGUAGGAGUGUAUAUAUUCUUGUCCGCGGCAGAUUUUCCCUUUUGCUAUUUGUUGGUUCGGACUCUGGGAACAGAUAGAAUUGGUAAGUUGAAUAUUCUCUUCGGGUCGAUUUAAGGAGAUCUCAUUUAAGAUUUGCCUAUUGAUGGAAGUUCAUUAUGGAUCUCGGACUGCAAUCUCUUUGACUUCUAAUAUCCUAAAACUCGUUUCAAGUUAUGAGUUAACAGUAUUCCAGGCGAAUGGGAACACAAUAUUACCUCAAACAUCAAGAAAAUGAUACCCGAAUCUAUCAAAAACGCCUGGCAUGAAUGGCGAACCGCCAUGAAAAAACCCGAACAUGAUAUAACCGGCUCAGACAAAAUCAACGAUGGCGUAGAAAUGGCUGGAUGGGGCGUAGAGGAAGCCGAAGAGAGAAAUAAAAAAGAUGCAAGUCUUGGUACACAACUCGCUCUGGCAUAUGCUAUUCAUAAAUCCUUCAUCUUUGUUCGAGUGCCAUUAACAGCAGCUAUUACUCCAAAGGUUGUGAGGACUUUAAGGGGAUGGGGUUGGGAUAUAGGGAAGAGAACUUCGAAGGAGGAGAAGAAAAUAAGGGCUGCUCAUCAUGCUGCUAGACCGGCGAAGCCUGUUGCAUCGAGGGUAAAGAAGGUCUUUCAGACCAAAAAAAAAUCUUGAUUGUGGAACAUUGUUUUGGGUGUGAGGAAUGUAUAUACACAAGGAUGGUACAUAAAAGCUUGGGUGCACUGAAUUAUGAACAGACGAAGAUAUUUAUGGAAGAAAAGGAAUGGGAGGAAGGAUGUUACGAUUAGCACGGCAUGGCAUGGUGAAAAGCAUUGGAUGGAGUCUUGUUUAUAUCACAAGCUACACAGCACGCAUGGCAACUUUUGGGUCUGAGGGAGUUAUACCAAAUAGAAUACUCUUCUCAUGUUUUAUUUACUACGAAAUGAAAAUGUUUUGAUCGACGGAAAUACAUUUGAAGACUUGUUUUGACAGUUUGAAAGUUCCAGCUAUGACAUGAGGAAAUG